UUAAUAAGGCAAUAGAAAGAAUAUAAAUACACUAGCCAACAUUUUCUUCUAAUAUAAACUGGAAGCAAAUUUUUGCAAUAGGAAAAAAAAACAUGAAUUUUCAACUUGUAUCCAUUUUCAUUUUCAGCAGACAAAAUGUUAGCAUGAAAAUUUGAGAGUAUCAUCUCGGAAUGGCUCUCUCUACUACUCUUUCCUUCAAAUACAUAAGAAUCGAUUCCCAUAAUUCCAUACAACAACAGCCACCAUAUCCUCUUUUCUCAUCUUCACCACAAAAAUUGAGUAGUAGCAGUACCUACAUCACACUAUCUGAUUCUGGAAAAUGGAGGAACAAGGUUUCCUUCUUCCAAGGAUUUCGGAGCAGAGGAAAAAGAGAUGUUGAGAGCCUCAAGAAGGAGCUCCUUCACACAAUUGAACCACUUAACCGAGGUGCAGAGGCUUCUGCUGAGGACCAACAACGUGUGGACCAGAUUGCUCGUAAACUUGAGGCCGUUAAUCCUGUUAUGGAACCUCUUAAAUCUGAUUUGCUCAAUGGAAAAUGGGAGCUUCUGUAUACAACAUCUCAAUCUCUUCUGCAGACACAGAGACCUAAGUUGUUGCGACCAAAUGGAAAGAUAUAUCAGGCAAUCAAUGUGGAUACCUUAAGAGCUCAAAAUAUAGAAACUUGGCCAUUCUUCAACCAGGCCACUGCAAAUUUAGUGCCACUAAACUCAAGAAGGGUGCUUGUCAAGUUUGAUUUCUUCAAGAUUGCUAGCCUGAUACCUAUAAAAUCACCAGGGAGUGGUCGUGGUCAGUUGGAAAUUACUUAUUUGGACCAAGAUUUAAGAAUAUCAAGAGGCAAUAGAGCUCAUGUCAUCAUCGCUGCUUAUCCCAUUACGGUCACUGUUGAGCCCGUCGCCACCUUUCUCCUGCCGAGUCCCUUAUCUCUAGAAAAAGCAAAGGCUCAUAGAAGAAUAAGACAAGUGUUGUUGGCAAGAAAAAAGCACUCCAAACACAGAGUUAAUCAUUCAGGGUAUGCUUCUGUAGUAUCAGUGGAUGAAUCAAUUGACAACAGACAUGACCAUUCUAUUUUACAAUCUCAUGAUGGUGGUGUACUAUCUCUACAUGGAAGCAAAAAUAUGGUUGAGAGAAAAAGACCACAAAUGAGAAAUUAUGUACCGCAGUCUACUAAUGACAAUGUUGAAUAUUGGAACAUGGGAUAUGUAGUGCAUGAGUGUGAAUACUGCAAUGCUCUUUUUUGGUAUGGCGAAAGGAAAGAAAAGCAUUACAAUACAAAUGAACCUACGUACACAUUAUGCUGCAGAGGUGGACAAGUGGAGAUUCCUCAACUACAAGAAGCUCCUAAGGUGCUAUACAAUUUGUUAUAUGGGAAUGAUGCCAGGAGCAAACAUUUUCGGGAGAAUAUUAGAACAUACAAUAGCAUGUUUCAAUUCACAUCUUUGGGUGCCAAAAUUGAUAGAGGUAAAAGUUCAUCCAGAGGACCACCAACAUUUAUCUUAUGUGGUGAGAAUUAUCACUUGAUGGGGAGCUUGAUUCCACCAGACGGAUAUAUGACAAAAUUUGCUCAACUAUAUGUAAUCGACACCGAAAAUGAGAUCCAAAAUCGGAUGUGUGUAAUCGGUGCGGAAGAAAACAAGACAAUUCAAGAAGAAGUUGUGAAUGACUUCAAGAUGAUGCUAGACCAACACAAUGUAUUGGUAAAGGCAUUCCGUAAUGUGAAACAGUCAAUAGCAGCAGAACCCACUUCAAAGGUCAAGCUUAGGCUUUUGGGAAAAAGAGGAAAAGAUGGUAGGAGGUAUAACUUGCCAUCCACAAAUGAGGUGGCAGCAUUGAUCGUGGGUGACUUCGAUAUUAACCGUACAGAUAGGGAUAUUAUUGUGGAGACCCAAACUGGAAGGUUACAACGUAUAAAUCAACUGAAUCCAUCAUACUUGGGGUUGCAAUAUCCCUUAUUGUUUCCAUAUGGAGAAGAUGGAUACAAAGAAGACAUACCUCUAAACAAGAAGAAGGGCAACUGUGAAAAAGGACGGCAAGAAGUGACAAUGAAGGACUUUUUUGCUUAUAGAAUUCAAGAAAGAUUGGCUGAUGCUUCCCCAUUAUUGUACUCAAGGAGACUUUUCCAACAGUUCUUGGUAGAUUCCUACUCAAUGAUUGAGUCGUCUAGACUAACAUACAUUCGUCUCGACCAAGAGAAAUUUAGAUGUGAGAUGUACAAGGGUAUUAAGGAAGCUGUUUUGACGGGAGAAACAACACCCUCAUCAGUAGGGAAACGGAUUAUACUGCCUUCAUCAUUUACCGGAGGACCAAGAUAUAUGAUACAGAACUAUCAAGAUGCAAUGGCAAUUUGUAGAGUAGUUGGGUAUCCAGAUCUUUUCCUAACAUUUACAUGUAAUCCUAAAUGGCCAGAACUGGAAGACUUUCUUAAAAAUAGAGAAUUAAAUGCAGAGGAUCGUCCAGACAUGGUGUGCAGAGCUUUUAAGCUUAAAUUAAAUCAUCUGAUAAAGGACAUAAGGACAAAUAAGAUAUUUGGAAGAGUGGUUGCAGUUGUAUACACAAUCGAAUUUCAAAAGCGUGGAUUGCCUCACGCACACAUUCUCAUAUUCCUGCACCGUGAUGACAAAUAUCCCACCGGAGAAGACAUAGAUCGAAUUAUCACUGCUGAGAUUCCAGACAAGCAGAGAGACCCGCUCUAUUACGAAGCUGUUGAAAAACACAUGAUGCAUGGACCAUGUGGGAGUGCUAAGAGAGACUCUCCAUGCAUGGAGAAUGGCAAAUGUAUUCGUCAUUUUCCUAAAAAAUUUGUGGACAAUACAACAGUUGAUGAUGAUGGAUAUCCAAUUUAUAGACGCAGAGAUGAUGGAAGGACAAUAAAAAAAUCUGGUGUUGAUUUGGAUAGUCGUUAUGUGGUUCCACACAACAGGACACUAUUAUUAAAAUAUGGAUCGCUAUUAUUAAAAUAUAGAGCCCACAUAAAUGUUGAAUGGUGCAACCAGUCUAGAUCAAUCAAGUAUUUAUUCAAGUAUGUUAAUAAAGGUCAUGAUCGUGUAACUGCCUCAUUUUAUAAGAGUGCCACAGCUGACACUAAAAGCGAUGAUUGUGAUGAAAUUAGCAUGUAUUACGAUUGUCGAUACAUAUCACCAUGUGAAGCAGUUUGGAGAAUCUUUGGGUAUAACAUGCACUAUAGAGACCCUUCUGUUAUAAGGUUGGGUUUUCACCUGCCCGAUGAGCAACCGGUGGUUUUUAAAGACGACGAAUAUUUAGACGAGGUUGCUAGGAAAGCAUCAGUUAAGGAGUCGAUGUUUUUAGGAUGGUUUGAAGCUAACAAAACUAACCCAGAAGCACGCUGCCUAACAUACGUGGAAUUCCCAUCAAAGUUUGUUUGGAAGCCAGAUACCAGGAAGUGGUUUCCGCGGAAAUCACAUUCAGUCAUAGGAAGGAUUUUCUUUGUUCCACCAGGAUCAGGGGAAAUUUAUUACCUAAGGCUACUCCUAAAUUUUGUAAAGGGUCCUACUUGCUAUGAAGACAUCAGAACUAUCGAUGGUGUCGUCUAUUCAUCAUUUAGAGAUGCAUGUUAUGCAAUGAGAUUGUUGGAUGAUGAUAAAGAAUACAUUGAUGCAAUCAAAGAAGCAAGCCACUGGGGUUCAGGAGAGUACUUAAGGAAGCUUUUUGUAAUACUUUUGUCAUCCAACUCAAUGGAGAGACCAGAAAAUGUAUGGGAAAAUACAUGGAAAUUGCAAGGUGAUGACAUACUUCAUAAGCAACGAAGAAUGCUUGACAAUCAAGAGCUACAACUAACAGAACAGGAGCUGAAGGAUUUAACUUUGAUAGAGAUUGAGAGCAUAUUGAAGUCAUACAACAAGAGUUUGCGAGAUUACCCCACUAUGCCUUACCCAAACACUGAUACAUCGUUCCAGCAGUUGAUGUGCAGUGGUUUGAACACUCUAAUAUGUGAUGAGCUUAGAUACAACAGACGCAAAUUAGCAGGAGAACAUGCUGCUUACUUACAACAAUUAACUGAUGAACAGAGGGUAGUGUACAAGUCAAUAAUGGAAGCUGUGAACAGUGGGAGAGGUGGAGUUUUUUUCCUGUAUGGAUACGGUGGUACUGGAAAGACUUUUGUUUGGAAGACACUUGCUUCUGCAGUUAGGUCCAAAGGACAAAUUGCUUUGACAGUUGCAUCAAGUGGUAUCGCAUCGUUAUUACUACCAGGUGGAAGGACAGCACACUCCCGUUUUUCUAUCCCACUAAACUUGGAUGAGUUCUCCACGUGCAACAUCAAACAGGGUAGUGCUUUGGCUGAGUUGAUAACAAAGGCUAAGAUUAUUAUAUGGGAUGAAGCUCCUAUGGUAAACAGACUAUGUAUUGAGGCACUUGAUAGAACAAUGCGUGACAUACUGAGGUUCAAGAAUACAAACAGUGAGAACCAACUGUUUGGCGGGAAGACGGUUGUCUUUGGAGGAGACUUUAGACAGAUUUUACCCGUCAUACCGAAAGGCAGCAGGCAAGAUAUUGUUAAUGCAACAAUUAAUUCAUCAUACAUUUGGGAUAGUUGUAAAUUGCUUACACUCACAAGGAACAUGCGACUACAAGCAGACAAGACAUCUGAAGAAUCAAAGGAGAUAAAGCAAUUUUGUGAAUGGAUAUUGUCAAUUGGUGAUGGAAAAUGUGGAACACCAAAUGAUGGAGUUGACAAAGUUAAAAUCCCAGAUGAUAUUCUUAUUAGUGUGUGGGAUGAUCCUAUAGUAGCCAUCUGUGAAGCAACAUAUCCUGAUUUGUUUGGGGGUGCAAGUUGUGUUCCCCACCUACAACAACGAGCAAUAUUAGCACCCACGCUACAAGCUGUUGACGAGAUUAAUAAUUACAUGAUGAGUCUCAACCCUGCCGAGGCGUAUACUUACUAUAGUUCUGACACUGCAUGUCAAGCAGAGUGCAGUAAUGACAUCAUGGCAUCCAUUCAUACUCCAGAAUUCUUAAACACUAUAAGAUGUUCGGGCGUCCCUAAUCAUGAGUUAAAGGUGAAAGUAGGUACACCGAUCAUGCUACUAAGGAACAUUGAUCACUCUGGUGGCUUAUGUAAUGGAACACGUUUGGUAAUAUCAAAGUUGGGAAAACACAUCAUUGAAGCACAGAGCUUAACAGGAACAAAUUGUGGCCAAAAAGUUUAUAUCCCAAGAAUGACACUUAGUCCAUCAGACCAUAGGAUACCAUUUAAGUUUCAGCGGAGACAAUUUCCGAUAAUGGUAUCAUAUGCUAUGACUAUUAACAAGAGUCAAGGACAAUCAUUAUCAAAUGUGGGUCUCAUUCUAAAGAAGUCAGUGUUCACACAUGGCCAACUAUAUGUUGCAGUGUCAAGAGUUACAAAUAGGAAAGGUCUGAAGAUUUUGAUUUGCAACAAUGAAGAUAACCAAGAGACAGACAACGUAGUUUUUAAGGAGGUGUUUAGAAAUGUUGGUUAA